AUGAUUCCUACCGUCGGUCUGAUACUCUCGCUCCUCCUGGCCUUCGUCACGGCCCAAUCCGUCUUCACUCCUGCUCGACCACCCUCGAUCCCCUUGGCCGUCAAGUCUCCCUACCUAUCUACCUGGCUUCCUGCCGGGGCAUCUGGCACGGAUGGCGGGUACCUGCCUGGUCAUUGGCCUACGUUCUGGGCUGGACAAGUUCUUGGAUGGGCUGGUAUCGUUCGCGUCGACAACACGUCAUAUGUGUGGAUGGGAAACCCUCUUGGGUUCAACAACCUUACCAACCAGACUUCUGCCGAAUACACGUCAACGAGCAGCACCUUCACCAUGGAUGUUGCUGGGAAAGUCUUCUUGACGGUCAAGUUCCUCUCGCCCGUCUACCCGAAUGAUCUCAAGCGCCAAUCUUUGAUCUUCUCAUACAUGGACGUUGAAGUUGUGUCGGCAGACGGGAAUGACCAUGACAUACAACUGUACACAGACAUCUCGGCAGAAUUCGUCUCUGGCGAUAGAGGCGACGUCGCAGAAUGGGACUCCGGCAAUGCCGACGACGUUGUGUUCCACAAGAUCUGGAAGCAAACUCCACUGCUCUUCUCGGAGAAGAACGAUCAGAGUGAAUGGGGCAACUGGUACUACGCUACUGACGGUGUAGACGGCCUCAGCUGGGCAACAGGCGCAGACACCGAUGUCCGAGGCAGCUUUUCGCAAGACGGCAGACUGAGCGAUACGAAGGACACCAAUUGGCGUGCGAUCGACGACCAUUGGCCAGUAUUUGCAUUCUCUGUUGAUCUUGGCUCAGUCGGCACGGAUUCAGCGAAUGCGCUCUUCACUAUCGGUCUAUGCCAAGACGAUGCCAUUCAGUUUCUCGGAAAAUCCGGUGUCGUUUCGCUGCCGUCCUUGUGGAGUGACUUCUUCGAUGAGGAUGAGGAUGCGCUCACUUUCUUCCAUCACGACUACGACAACGCGGUCAGCAAAUCUUCCAAGCUUGAUGGCAAGAUUGCCGAGGAUUCUGUCGCCGCAGCUGGAGCGGACUAUCUCACCAUCACAUCGCUCACCGUCCGUCAAGCCUUCGGCGGCCUUGAACUUGUCGGCACCGAGAAGAAGCCUUACCUUUUCCUAAAAGAAAUCUCCUCAGAUGGCAACGCCCAGACCGUCGACGUCAUGUUCCCGGCCCACCCAAUUCUCCUCUAUACGAACCCGCAGCUACUCAAACUGCUCCUAGAUCCGCUAUUCGAGAACCAGGAAUCUGGGCACUACCCAAACAAGUGGUCAAUCCACGACCUUGGACGCAGUUUCCCCAACGCAACGGGGCAUCCGGAAGGUGAUGAUGAAGCGAUGCCACUUGAAGAGUGCGGCAACAUGCUCAUCAUGACCCUGGCAUACUGGCAACAAUCCGGCGAUAGCCAGUACCUCCGCGAGCACUACAAGAUCCUCGACCAGUGGACGCAGUACCUGAUCGACGAGGCGCUCAUCCCCAAGGAGCAGCUCUCCACGGACGACUUCGCAGGAGCCCUUGUCAACCAAACCGACCUCGCCCUCAAAGGCAUGAUCGGCAUCCAAGCCAUGGCCAACAUCGCCGACAUCACCUCCUACUACGCCGACGCGCGCAACUACACCGCCAUCGCCGCCUCCUACAUCAAGGAAUGGCAGACGCUCGGCAUCAACCACAUCGCGACCCCGCCGCACACAACCCUCAACUACGGCAACAACGCCUCCUGGGGCCUCCUCUACAACCUCUACGCCGACGCACUGCUCAACACCUCGCUCGUGCCCGCCUCCGUCUACGCGCAGCAAUCCGCCUUCUACCCCACGGUCGCAGGCACCUACGGCGUCCCGCUCGACACGCGCCACGCGUACACCAAGACGGACUGGCAGCUGUGGGCGGCGGCCGUCGCGAGCGAGGACACGCGCGACCUGUUCAUCGGUUGCAUUGCGAAGUGGAUCCAGGAGACGCCGCUGAGCGUGCCGUUUACGGAUAUCUAUGAGACGGGUGACGGCGGGUUUGGCGACGCGCCGCAUUUCAUGGCGCGGCCGGUUAUGGGGGGUGCUUUUGCACUGCUGGCGCUGCCGAAGGAGGGGGCGCAUGCGUGGUAGGUUGGUGCUACUGAUGCUAAUGGCUUAGGCGGGUUGAGGCUUGGUCGGCUGAG